AUGGCGACUCACCGUGGAGAAGAAGAGAAACUCACCGUUGCAAAGAUGAACUUAACACGGCAUCUGAACUUUCUUGAUGGAGAAGAUGAAGUUGAAGAUCAGAAUUGGGAUGACUGGGAAGUCGAAGACGACGCUGAAGAGGAACAAGGCUCAAACCCAGAAUUGCGCUGUCUGUUCUGUGAUUCUCUUUAUAAUUCCAGCAGUUCGCUUUUUGAGCAUUGCGCUUCGGCUCACCAUUUCGAUUUCUAUGGAAUUAAGAAAGCAUAUAGCUUGGAUUUCUAUAGAUGCUUCAAGCUCAUCAAUUAUAUUAGGUGUCAGACGGUGACAAACAAAUGUUGGAGUUGCGGGAAGAUGUGCGAUUCCAAGGAAGAACUGCAAAACCACUUACAUGAGGAACGCCCCUCUGAAGGAAGCAUUCUUCCAUGGGACGACGAGAAGUAUCUCAACCCUUUUUUACAAGAUGAUGCACUGUUAUACAGCUUUGAUGAAGAUGCUGAAUAUGAGGAAGAGGAUGCUGCGCCUGUUGACUCAGAAGAACUUGCUGUACAUUUGUCUCAGUUUGAGCAUAUUAACAUUGAUGAUGAGGGUUCUUCUGAUAGAUAUGCAUCCGAGCUCAUGCAGCCAUGUGCAAAUGGGCCAAAGGAAGUUCAAUUUACUGUUAACGAAAGUACAAACCAUGUAAAGUCUUCAGGAAGGUUAGUGGAGAAUGGUGUUAGCACUGUCACCAAUGGCAUGUCGUCUUUUGAAAACACAGAAGAUAUUGUUUCUUCUUCAAAGGUUGCAGCGAAUGAGAUUACGAAUAUAAAUAAAAAGUAUUUUGGCUCAUACAGUUCAUUCGGCAUCCACAGAGAUAUGAUCAGCGAUAAGGUAAGAACUGAUGCUUAUAGACAAGCUAUUUUGGAAAAUCCUUCUCUACUUAGAGGAUCAGUUGUUAUGGAUGUAGGAUGUGGGACUGGCAUUCUAAGUCUAUUUGCAGCCCAAGCAGGAGCAGCAAGGGUUAUUUCUGUUGAAGCUAGCGAAAAGAUGGCUGCGGUGGCUACCCAGAUUGCAAAAGACAAUGGCCUUUUGCAGAAUGGUCUUCCUGGUGAAGACAGCCAAUGCAAUGGGGUCAUCGAAGUGGUUCAGGGCAUGGUUGAAGAGCUUCCAAAUGCUGACCAUAUCAAACCUCACAGUGUUGAUGUGUUGCUGAGUGAAUGGAUGGGCUAUUGCCUGCUCUAUGAGUCAAUGCUCAGUUCUGUGCUCUUUGCACGAGAUCGAUGGUUGAAGCCUGGAGGUGCCAUUCUCCCAGACACAGCUACAAUGUUUGUAGCUGGAUUUGGAAGAGGGGGUACAAGUAUUCCGUUUUGGGAGGAUGUAUAUGGUUUUAAUAUGUCUUGCAUUGGCCGGGAGGUUGUUGAGGAUGCCGCACGGGUUCCUAUUGUUGAUGUCAUUGAUAGUUGCAAUAUUGUUACUACUACUAAAGUCCUUCAGUCCUUUGACCUGGCGACGAUGCACGCUAAGCAGAUGGACUUUACAGCUGAAGUUGAACUGGAACCAAACUUGGAUGCUGUGUUGAACCAUCCCGUAGGUUCUAAAUUAGAAACCACAUUCUGUUAUGGAGUUGUCUUGUGGUUUGACACUGGAUUCUCUGAGAGGUUUUGUACUGAAAAGCCAGUCAAUUUGUCCACAUCGCCGUAUGGCCCCAGUACACAUUGGUCACAGACUAUCCUCACUUUUCGAGAACCAAUUGCAAUGGCCUCAAAAGUUGGUGCUGAAAAGUUGGGCGUAGUUGGUACAGUUGAUUGUCCUGCUGUGAGAAUACAAUCUCGUAUCAGCAUCGUCCGAGCUGCUCAACAUCGCAGCAUUGAUAUUUCAAUGGAGCUUACAGGAAUUGGAGCUGAUGGUCGAAAACGUAGUUGGCCAGUACAAAUGUUUAAUCUGAACUAACAAGUCAACAUUGCUGAACCUUUUUUAGCUCAUCGGCAGCAAUGUGGUCUGAAAUGAAAUUAUUUAUUCUGCUGUCCCAGUUCCAACAGUAAAGCUGGAAGACGAACUUUUUUCUCUUUGAUUGAUGAUAUUGAAGAUUUUCAAAAGCUACAUUUAUUGUAAUACAUCAAGGAAUUUAUUCUUGAUUUGAACAUA